AAGUGUUUCCACGCAGACUCCAUUUUGUGAAGGAAAAACAUAACAUGAGCUGUUUGUGAAUUAUGUGAAUCAGUUUGAGAACAGAUCAGUUUAAUGCUGUUAUCAAGAGACUGAAUGGAUUUAUGAACUGAAUGAAGUUUGUGUUUGAUGUUCUUCAUUGUUGAGACAGAGCACUGCCUGUAAAAUGAGACUCUGUAAGAAGAGAGAGGAGGAGAAUGAUGUUCAGACACAUAAAGCAGCUUCUCCAGAACCCAGCUGUGUGUCUAUGAAGAGUGACGCAUCCAUGGGAAACCCUCCUGGUCUCAGUGAUGGAGCAGUGACCUCUAACCCUGAAACUACCUGUAAAAUGAGUCUCUGUAAGAAGAGAGAGGAGGAGAAUGAUGUUCAGACACAUAAAGCAGCUUCUCCAGAACCCAGCUGUGUGUCUAUGAAGAGUGAUGCAUCCAUGGGAAACCCUCCUCUUCUCAGUGAUGGAGCAGUGACCUCUGACCCUGAAGUUAAAAGAGAUAACGAGGUCAGUUCAGUGACGCCCCGUCUGACCUGCACGGACUCUGACUGUCAAACCCUCAUCAAGAAGCCUGACACAGAAGCCCUCCAGAGAGUCAAAGACCAACACAAAACCAGCAUGAAGAACAAGUAUGAGAGCUUAUUUGAGGGAAUCAAUCUAGAAGAGAAUCAAACCCUCCUGAACAGGAUCUACACACAGCUCUACAUCAUAGAGGGAGAGAGUGAAGGGGUGAAUGAAGAACAUGAGGUUUUACAGAUGGAGAAAACAGCCAGAACACAAGACACUCCAAUCUACUGCAAUGACAUCUUUAAACCCUUACAUCAACCAGGAUGUGAGGAAAAAGACAAAAUCAAGACUGUCCUUACUAAAGGCAUCGCUGGAAUUGGAAAAACCGUCUCUGUGCAGAAGUUCAUUCUGGACUGGACUGAGGGAAAAGCCAAUCAGGAUGUAGAUUUCAUGUUUGUGCUUCCAUUUCGAGAGCUGAACUUGAUUAAAGAUCACCAGUACAGUCUUCACAGACUUCUGCUGGACUUUCAUCCUGAACUUCAAGAUCUGGACUCAAAGAUUUAUGAAGAGUGUAAAGUUGUGUUCAUCUUUGAUGGUCUGGAUGAAAGCAGAAUGACACCACAAAUAGACAGAAAGAUAGACCGAUUUUUUUCAGAUAGACAGAAAGUUUGUGAUGUGAAUGAAUCUUCAUCAGUGGGUGUGUUGAUGUCAAACCUUAUCAGAGGAAAGCUGCUUCCCUCUGCUCUCAUCUGGAUCACCUCCAGACCAGCAGCAGCCAAUCAGAUCCCCUCAAAAUACAUCAACCGUGUGACAGAAAUUCAGGGAUUCAGUGAGCCUCAGAAGGAGGAAUAUUUCAGGAAGAGAAUCAGUGACGAGCAUCAAGCUAGCAGAAUCAUCUCACACAUCAGAAGAUCAAGAAGCCUCCACAUCAUGUGUCACAUACCCGUCUUCUGCUGGAUCUCAGCCACUGUGCUUCAAAACCUCCUGAAACAAGAUGACAAUGCAGAAAUCCCUCAAACUCUGACUGAAAUGUACAUCCACUUCCUGCUGACUCAGAUCAACAUGAGGAAUCAGAAGUAUGAUAAGAGAGAUCCAGAGAAACUCCUGAAGUCCAACAGAGACGCGAUUCUGAAACUUGCUGAACUGGCUUUCAAACAGCUGAUGAAGGGGAAUGUGAUUUUCUAUGAGGAGGACCUGAUUGAGAGCGGCAUAGACGUCACUGACGCUUCAGUGUAUUCUGGGAUUUGCACUGAGAUCUUUAAGGAGGAAUCUGUGAUUCAUCAGAGGAAAGUCUACUGCUUCAUUCAUCUGAGCUUUCAGGAGUUUCUAGCUGCUUUAUAUGAAAUUUACUCUCAUGUAGUCAAAACUAAAAAUUUACUGAAGUCAUUUCCGAAUAUGUUCCAUAUCAGGUCAAAUAAACUCUCUCUGUAUGAUCUAUUAACAUCAGCAGUUGAUAAAUCCUUGAAGAGUAAAAGUGGACACCUGGAUCUUUUCCUGCGGUUCCUGCUGGGCGUCUCACUGGAGUCCAAUCAGAGUCUCUUACAGGAUCUACUGACACACACAGUGAAGAGCUCAGAGACCAUCAAGAAUAUCAUACAGUACAUUAAAGACAAAAUCAAGGGUAAUUCACGUCUCUCAGCUGACAGAUGCAUCAAUCUGUUCCUUUGUCUGCUGGAAAUGAAGGAUCAGACUCUGUACAGAGAGAUUCAGGAGUUUGUGAAAUCAAAGAAUCACUCAGUGAAUCAACUCUCUCCAUCUCACUGCUCAACAAUUGGCUACAUGCUUCAGAUAUCAGAGGAGGUGCUGGAUGAGUUUGAUCUGAAGAAAUAUAACACAUCAGAUGAGGGUAGAAGGAGACUGAUACCAGCUGUGGUGAACUGCAGAAAAGCUCUACUCACUGACUGUAAUCUCACUGAUCAGUGCUGUGAAAGUUUGUCUUCAUGUCUACAAUCAUCAAACUCACUGAGAGAGCUGGACCUGAGUCACAAUGACCUGCAGGAUUCAGGAGUGAAGCUUCUCGCUAACGGACUGAAGAAUUUACACUGUCAACUCAAUAUACUGAGAUUAUCUGGCUGUAUGGUGACAGAGGAAGGCUGUUGUUUUCUGGCUUCAGCUCUGAGUUCAAACCCCUCACACCUGAGAGAGCUGGAUCUGAGCUACAAUCACCCAGGACAAUCAUUAGUCAAGCUGCUCUCUGAUCCAAACUACAGACUGAACAAACUCAAUGUGGAUCAUGGAGGAGAGAUCAGAAUUAAACUGGGAUUACAGAAAUAUGCAUGUGAUCUCACACUGGAUUUAAACACAGCAAACACUCUUCUUGCUCUGCCUGAGAGGAAGGUGACACAUGUGAAAAAGAAUCAGCCGUAUCCUGAUCAUCCAGAGAGAUUUGAUGAGUGUCCUCAGGUUCUGUGUAGAGAGAGUCUGACUGGACGCUGCUACUGGGAGACUGAAUGGAGCAGGAGGUGGGUUCAUAUAUCAGUGUCAUAUAAAGGAAUCAGCAGGAAAGGAUGGAGUCAUGACUGUUUGUUUGGACACAAUGAAAAGUCCUGGAGUCUGUACUGUAUUAAUAACAGAUUCACUGUCAGACACAAUAAUAAGAGCACAGAAAUAUCUGCUCCUUCACGUCGCUCUAACAGAGUAGGAGUGUAUCUGGACUGGUCGGCCGGCACUCUGUCCUUCUACAGCGUCUCUGACACACACACACUCACACACUUACACACAUUCAACAGCACAUUCACUGAACCCCUCUAUGCUGGAUUUGGGGUUUAUUGUCCUGAUAGUUCAGUGUCUCUGUGUGAGAUUAAACAUCUUCCUGUGAGAAACAACUGAGACACACAGAUGAGUGAAAGAAACACACUCACAUUAUCUCUCUCUUUAACUCACACAGCUGUAAACUCUUUCUCUCUUCUCAUCUUAAUUUCAGAGUGUAUAUAGAAACACACACACUGAUUUCAGUCUAAAUGAGACACACCACAGACUUCUAUUGUGUUUCUAUAAAGACAUUUGAAUGCGGCUCAACAGGAGUUUUUUCUUUCUGUGUCUCUGAGCGCCACCUGGAGGAAGAUUGAGUUUCUCGCUCACAGGAAACAGAUCCUAAGGAGUGUUUGCUCUGUUACUAUGGUAACUAAGGGUCAGGUCAGAGGUCAUCUUCAUCACAAAUGUUAAAGUCUGUGGAUCUCAUAUUAUUCUCAAUGUGGAAGGUUAACAUCUCUUCAUGAUCACUCAUUCUCAACUGUCUGUCUCACAAUCACAGUCAAACUGAUUGUUCAAUAGAGUUGAAGAUGUGGAUCAAACUCAUGUCAGAUUUAGUCUUUGUAGAAACUCAAUGAUCAGGAGAGUUUGAGAAUCUCAUAGUUGUAGAGCUUGAAAACAUUCAAUGAUCAGCUCGUGUUUUGAGCUCAACAUUAUUAUGGGCUGAUAUUUUAUAACAAAUUAUAUAUUUUGUCCUGAUGCUCUCAAAUCCUCACAGCCAUUUAAUAGAAAGUUAUGAUUAACAUUGUCAUUUUUAAAUCAAUGAGCAAUAAAAUGUAUUUUGUCAUAAAAUAUUUUUUAUUAUUGUUUUUCUUUAUCACAUAAUCAUGAAAUCACAUUUAGGUC